AAUCAAACAAUAAAAAUAGAAGAAAAUUUAAAUAAUUUAAAAAUUAAUUUAAAUGAAAUUGAAAAGGAGGAGGAGGAAAAUAAUGGAUUGAUGGAAAAUGUUGUAAAUAAUAGAGAAAACUUGGAAAAAGUUUUUUCUGAUUCUACAAACAAAACAAAAUUAGCAGAAAUAUUUAAAGAAGAAAUAGUUGAUGAACAAGAAAAAUUAUUAAAUGAUCUUUUGGAUAAAUUAAGUCAAAAUUAA